AUGCCUUCUAAGCCUGUACACAAUGUCUCACCUGAACCCAACCCAACCGAGGUGGCAACAGCCACGGGUAGAGGCAUGUACAAUGCGUACAUCGCUGCGUUGGACCAGCUCACAGCUGACAGGGUUCGACAUUCAAGGAAAAGUCAAGGUGUAGCAUUCGAGCAGUCGUGGGUGGAUAGGAUGGUGCCUUGGGUCAACGACAGGGCACAAGCUGCCACCGACGUGCAUGACCUUAGUGGGCCAUUCGACAAGGCCACGUACCGAGAGUACUUGUGUUGGUUCCAUGGAGCCACAUGCGUCCGUUGCUUCCCCGUGCCGGUUGAAGUCGUGCCACACAAGGCCGAGAUCACCGACACGUUCACCAUGGAGCCACCAGCUGCUUUCCAUGCGCUGACAGAGAUAUCUCUGAGUGACGUGGGCAAUGAGCUGCUUUCAUAUGCCCAGCGGUUCGAGCACAACCCCCAAUGGUUGGUAGGCUGGAGUUGGUUGCCGCCCUUCGACGAGUAG